AUGGUAAACAGGGAGAGAAAAAUGGAGUCAUCUUCCAAAAUAUAUGGAGAUGGAAGAGAAGAAUGUCAGAGCAGUGAAUCUGGGUGGACAAUGUACAUUGGUUCCUCCAUGGAUGACGACGACGGUGGUGACGGUGGUGCUGUGUAUGAUGCAGGUGGUACUUGUGGUGGGUGGAAGAAGGGUACUGUGAAGAUAGAAGAUGAAGAUACAGAUGAUUCAAUGGCUUCCGAUGCUUCAUCUGGCCCAAGUCAUCUGCACCUGCAACAACCAUGGGAUGCACAGGAAGAUGAAGGUGACGGGAACCAUAAACAAGAAAAAUACAAGGGUUCAAGCAAGAAGAACAAGAAAUCAGCAGGGAAGAAGAAAGGUGGGUAUGAAGAAACCAGGAAAAAAGACGAGAAUGAGAAGAGAGGUGUGAUUACUACUGUUCAAAGUGGCAAUAGGGCUUGGUUUAUGAGUAAAAGAAAGUAA